ACCGAAUAAAAUAGAAACAAAUAUGGGAAUUAGUUUUCUUAUUAAUUUGACACCUAUUAAUAAAUUAGUAAACUUCAAAUAAGUAAAUAAUUAAAGAUGAAAUUAAAAAUUAUAACCAACAUAAAGUAUAUAUAUUUUCACAAGUAAUAUGUUUAGCUUAGCCAAAUAGGUAAAAAAAUUUGGUUGUUUCUUUAUUUUACACCUAAAAUUCAAAUAUGCCUUCACUUUUGAAAUAGAUUCGUAAACCAAAUUAGAAAAUAUUUAUAGGUUUACGAAUUCCUACUUUUAUUUUAAUAGAAUGUUUUUAAUUGGAUUGAUUUCAGUUCCAGAUUAAAUCAGAUCAGAUCAAACUUUAAUAAUUAUAACAAUAAGUCACAUAAAAAACAAACAUCUAAUAGACCAUAUUAAUUCAUACCAAAUCAAACUCGAAAUUUUAAUUCAAUUAAAAACGUUCUUAUUAAUGAGUAAACUGUAAGAUCUAACGAUUAAGAAAUAUAGAAUUUUUUUAUUAUUGGGUUCAUAACAAUUAUGUUUACCUGAGAUGCUUAUGUAGAAGACUAAUUUAACUUUUUUUUUUCAUAUAUUUUUUUCUUUGUUUCACAAAUGGAAUAUGUUUCACAUAUAUUUUUCAUGAUUCAGAAGAUUCCACGUAUUUAACCAGAAUUCAAUCAAUUUCAGCAAAAUAAGUUAAUUCUAUUUACUUUAGUGUUAUCAAACAGACUCUAUAUUAGACUAAGUUUAUUUUUCUUUUAAAUCACAUUAUAUGUGAUCCGAUAGAAAUUAAAUUUCAAAUUAGCUAAAUUACAUACUACCCGUGCAUCGCACGAGUUUGAAAGCUAGUUAUUAACUAUUGAAAAAAUUGAAGUGGCUUCUCUUCUGAGUGUGUAUACUGUGCAACGGGUGCAUGGUGAGCACCAUGCACUCAUUGGAUAUUAUUUUCUCUUUUUUUAAAAAUGGUAAUAACUUUUUUAUUUUUUAUCCGAUUUUUAUAAAAUUUAUAUCAACAUUUUUUAUUUUUCAUGAUCUUUCAAAUGAGACCAAUAUUGCCUAUGUAAUUUUAACAUAUUAACAUUUGCGUGUAAAAUAUGUAACUUUACGUGUUAAAAUAUGUAACUCACGUUCAGUCAGGCCAAAUGCAACUCGUGUGUAUAAAUAUGUAUCUCUACGUGUAACAAUAUGUAACUUUACGUAAAAAAAUAUGUAACUCGCGUUCAGACAGGUCAAAUGCAACUCGUGUGUAUAAAUAUGUAACUCGCGUGUAUAAAUAUGUAAUUUUACGUGUAAAUAUAUGUAAGUCGCGUUCAGGCAUGUCAAAUGCAACUCAUGUUUAUAUAUAUGUAACUCGCUUAUAAAAAGAUGUAACUUGCUUAUAAAAAGAUGUAACUCGCUUAUAAAAAGAUGUAAUUUGCUUAUAAAAAUAUGUAACUUGUUCAUAAAAAGAUGUAACUCAAUGUAUUAUCAAAUGUAACUGAGGCCACUGAUCCACUUUCAAACAGAUUCGAUCUUCUAUUUCACAAACCUAUCAUCUCCCAAACAGAUUCGAUUUUCCUUAUAAUCCAGUACUCAUUAAUAUAAUAGUUCGAUAAUUUCUUAAAAUUACAUAAGCAAUAUUGGUCUCAUUUGAAAGAGGCUGUGAAGAUGGCCGCUGUGAGUGGCGCCCAGCCGAGCUCUGACGCAGUGAAGAAACCACCUACGCAGCCGAAGAAGAAACGGCCUGCAGAUGACGGCCAGAGGAAGCUCAAUGAGGCCGGUAUGCAGUCUAAGAAGCCGAAGAGGGCUUCCCCUCUGGCUGAUGCUGGUGCGGGUGGUAUGACCGUACCGGAUGAUGAUGCCGGGGGCUCAAAUGUCGUUUCCGUUGUAGAUGCGGUUUCGGUCCCCUCUUCAACGGUCCUAUCCCAGCCGCCACCUGUCGGCCAAGAGCCCCGUAAGCAGAGGGCCGGCAAGGAGCUGGCCGUUGGGACCUACAAACUCGAAGUCGAGUAUCCCGUGAAGGGUGGCGUCUUCAAUGACGCUGUUGACGGCCAUGAUGUUCUGGCCCAAGCUAGCUAUCCCGGUCGAGGAUCGGGCUUAUUUGAAGAAACUGGGUCCCGUCAGGAUCUAUGACGGCGGGAUGGACCUCAUCGUCCAAGGUGCUCUUAUGCUGAUGGAGAGCCACAAGCGGCAGAAGCAAGAGAUUGCCCGCCUGAAGGAGGCUAAGAAAAAGGCUGCUUCGGCCGAGGAGGCCAUGGCCUGCCUGGAUCGGCUCCGGGAGGAGGUAAAGGCCAUACAGAAGGGUGUUGAUGAGGCCGAUGUGGCCUACCGGCAAGUGGCGGCCGAUUGGGAUGAUGCUUUGAGGGCCAGGGAUGAAGCCCUGAGGAGCCGCGAUGAGGCCCUACUUCGGGCCGAGGACGCCGCGAGGGCUUAGACUGACUCUGAGAGGGCCGCUGAGAAGGUCGUUGAUGGCGCUAUCGCGAGGUUCCAGGCCGAAGGCUGGAAGGACGAGGACCGCCGGCCCUGAGAAGGCCGGUGGUGGCGGACCGUCAUGAAGACUGGGGCCAGAACUGUCCUGCUGGCUAGGAAUACUUUGCCCGUGAGAUGGCCGUUUACUACGACAUGGGCCAACAGAGGAUGCAAUGGCUGAUAUACCGGAGGCUGCAUCGGGCCUUCAAGAAGUUGAAACUCGCCCAGAAAUGGGCUAAGAAGAACUUGAAGCUUCCAAGGCUGAUGAAAGAUCUGGAGGCCGAAGCAAAGCUCCCCCCGUCUGAGAGGCAAGAUCCGGUGCUCAGCUCUUCCAUUGGUGAGCCUGAUUGGUCCGAUGAUGACGCCCUAGCCGAUACCACCGUCUCCUCAGCAGCCGAGGCUAACGGAGGUGCAAGGACGGAGGAGGGUAACGGAGUUGCAUCGGGGCAGGCCGAUGUGAGGCUAGUUGCUGAUGAAGCCAUCCCCGAGAGCUGAUCGGCUGGCUUAUGCAGUUUAGUUAACAGGUGUCUGUAACACCUUUUUUGUAAUGGCCGUUGAGCCUCCCUGAUGUAAUGAAUUUCUAUGAAUGACAUGUCCAUUGUUUCUGGCC